AGCAGACAAACUCUGGAGAGGAGCCGAGCUUUUUGAUCAGCGACCACGGCACGCCUAAGGGCCGGGCGGAAUGACCUGAAAAACCAGCUGCCUGAGAUUAUUACUACCUGCGAGGAGCAGCUCAGGAGCAACAAGUGAGCAAGCAUGGAGCCACCCCCCCCCCCACUCGCCUCCUCCUCUUCACAUUAACACUGAAACCACACACACACAAACACACAGAGGCAUCUCUGCUUUUUAAACUCUUUGAGACUCUUUCUGUGUGUCUGUCAUUUUAGCAGCACCUGGGACUUACUUUCCUCUCUUGGAUUAGUUCACACACACUACUCUUCUCCCUCGUGUCAGUGGACUAUGCCCCCCUCAGUCAGCUGAGGGAGGGGGCUCUGUGUUGCUCAGGCUCCCAUCUGGAGAAGGCUUGGGCUGACAUCAAAUAGGAGACGGUUAGGUAAUUGCUGAAGAUGCAAGCCUCAACUGGCUCACCUGUGACCAACACUACAGUUCCUUCAAACACAACCGCCACCACAAAGUCCAAAGAACAAGUACUCAUCCAGAGUUCUGGGGCAAUGAUCGCUGUCAUUGUCAUAGGUAUCAUAAUCAUUCUAACCAUUGUCCUGAUCAUCCUGAAGACGUACAACAGGCGGACACAUGUAUCCAGAGUCCUGGGAGCCAGCGGUGGCUCCAAACCUCGUGCGAAGACGUCACAAUCCACAACUCAGAGCAACAUGCCGCUGAGCACCAUGGGGGUCAGCUCUGUGUCAGGCAGCAUCGCCAAUUCAAUCCCAGGCUCAGACAACAGCUUCCGGCUGCCCAGAGUGGAGGAAAACCACAUAGAGCAAUUCAACACCACAAGUGGAUCCACUGUGGUCACCAUAAAUGACCCUCCAUCAUUAGGAAACACAUAGCAGGUGGACAAGUCUCACAACAGGCACUGACUGAUGUGCUACCUUCAUCCCUGACUGCAUACUGUGUGUUGACUGAAUCCUGUGGAAACACAAUCCAUGACGAUAGUGUUGUCACUGCCAUUCUCCACCAACUGAGCCACCGCUAGUCACUACAUGGAUAACAAGAUGUCCUCCUGGUGUACAAAAUGCACAAAAUGAACAAAAUUGUACUGAUAACAGAUACCCUGGAUUUCAUAAGGGAUGUUGUAUGACAUAUUGAUAUGAAGAAUUGCUUUUUGGCUACAGUCAGUGUUCAGAGUAUGGAGGCCAUAGGUUUCUUACUGUUUGAAUUUUUAGCAGAUGUCCCAUCACAACUAAUGCAAUAAAGAAAAUGUGUGGUAAAGACUGUAAUGGCUUGAAAACAUUGGUCUUAAGUGUGUACAUUUCUAUAAUAAAGGAGGACCACAUUGGUAUGAGUAAAUGUAGAAUUAGUAUCAACUUCAUAGAAGACAAAGAGAAGCUAUGAAGCUAACUCAUUGUUUAAUGGAUACUAGUACGUUUGAGGAAAAUAUGUUGAUAUUGCAGAUUUUUCAAUAUGUCAAUAUUUAUGUCUUUGUCUUCUGAUCAGAUAUUCGUUCAGAUUAUUUUUUGUCAAAAAAUCUUUAAAAUGUCAUUGUAUUUUUCCCCCUUGUAUAACAAAAAAAAAAGAUAGAGAGAGAUUUUGAGAGACAUCUGGGUGUAAGCCUAACACACUGAUGUAAAUCCUUUUUAGUUUGACACCAAAGGAUUUUGCACUUUAUAUUCUUUGCUCCCUGUAUUUGUAUUUGUAUGUUUGUGGUACUUUAAAUUAAGUGAGAUGAAAAUAAAAUGUAAUAUUUCUAAUUGUGGCUGACCUGUCAUUUGGACACUGGACAAGUUGAAAGAAAGCUUAACAUCAUAUAACCUUAUAGGCUCGGAUACUUCUGUUAGUACACGUGUACACAUGUAGUACACUGUGUACACUGUGCGGU